GAACAAAAACGUCACUUUGAAAAUUUGAUCUUCUCGGAGAUUUUUUGAGAAUCAUCUUUAGUAAAAUAGUAAUUCAGUUACGACUUCAAAAAUUUUUAAAGAUAUUUUGUUUAUUACAACAUGGCAUCUGAACGUUAUAGUUUUUCUUUAACAACUUUCAGUCCUUCAGGGAAGUUGGUACAAAUCGAAUAUGCCUUAGCUGCAGUUGCUGCAGGAGCUCCUUCAGUAGGCAUCAAGGCAUCUAAUGGUGUUGUCUUAGCAACUGAGAAUAAGCAUAAGUCAAUUUUAUAUGAUGAACAUAGUGUGAAUAGGGUGGAAAUGAUAACUGAUCAUAUUGGAAUGGUGUAUUCUGGCAUGGGUCCGGAUUAUCGACUUCUUGUACGACAAGCAAGAAAAAUGGCUCAGAACUACCUCUUAUAUUACAGGGAGCCAAUUCCAGUUUCUCAAUUAGUUCAAAGAGUUGCAACUUUAAUGCAAGAAUAUACACAAUCUGGUGGUGUCAGACCGUUUGGAGUUUCACUAUUGAUUUGUGGCUGGGAUAACGAUAAACCAUUCCUAUUCCAAUGUGAUCCAUCCGGAGCUUAUUUCCCCUGGAAAGCUACAGCAAUGGGCAAAAAUGCGAAUAAUGGCAAAACAUUUUUAGAGAAAAGGUAUAGUGAAGAUUUAGAACUAGACGAUGCAGUUCAUACAGCUAUUUUGGUUUUGAAGGAAGGUUUUGAAGGUAAAAUGACGGCCGAUAACAUCGAAAUAGGAGUCUGCGACAGAAGUGGGUUUAAGCGGCUAGACCCAGCAACUGUUAAAGAUUACUUGGCAAAUAUUCCAUAAAUUAAUAAAUUUCGUAUGUUUUUACUACAAAUAAAAUUCACGUGAAAGAUGAUUUUUUUCAAUAAUAUAAUUAAUAAUACAGAUUUUAAAAUUUUUAUUUUAUUAAAUAAUAUUUCAGAUACAAAUCCA